AUGGCUCCCGAUCUGAAUACCGUGCCUGUAUCGCCCCAUCCGGGUCCUGCUAACACAAGCAACCCAUCGACCUCACAGCCGGCGUCGGGCUCGUUGUCACGUCGAACAUCCGCAACAGUCUCCAGGCGGGCGUCACAGAUGGCUAUGAGCCCCCCACCGCUGCCUCUUGCAUCGCCUGGAGGUACCCUGCCACCGCCCGCACAUUCAGCAUCACAACAUGGACACAGCUUCCCGCCCCUCAGCCCCAGCGCGAGUGGCUAUGUCCAGGCGAGCGUCGACUCGGCAGGCGUUCCCAUGAGACACCCACGCCCCAUGACGCCAGCAGAGAUGCAUCUCGAGCUCGAAAAGGAACAAGAGGCAGUGGUCAACCGUCUGACGCGUGAGCUCUCGGCUCUACGCGCACAUUCUGCUUCUGUAGCCUCCAACACCUCCAUGUCAAGCACCGCAGACUCAUCCGUCGCCCAUGCCGAAGCCUCGACCGGUCCGAUGCAUCCCACGUCCUCCCGCCGCCACCGCAGUUCCUCGAGCGUCUCCCGUAGCGGUCUGCCACCGGGCUACAUCCCACAUCGCUACUCCAUCUCCUCGCAACCCGCGACCGGCGAUCCUAAUCAGCGAGAUCACCGUAGCUCGAGCGUCGUUAGCACCCCACGCUAUGAGGAAGUUGCACAACACAAGGCCGAGUUGGAAGAAGUCAAAAAGGAAAAUGAAGCCCUGAAGCAGCGCAUUCGUCAUCUUGAGCGUCAGAUCAGGGGCAACAAUGAUGCUGAUGGACAGAGGGGUAGAAGGGGUGCACCACAAUCUCAGAGCAGCGGGGUUGGCAAUACUUCUGAUAAUACCCAAGUUUCUGCUAAUGCAACAGCAGUCCCCGAAGAAACCAGUCGAUAG